AUGCCGCGUGGUAAUUAUAAAAAAACCUUUGAUAUGAUUAAUUCUCCGACACAACGUAAAAUUCGUAAAUUAGAAUUAGAAUUAGAAACUGAUAUGAUUAAUGAAGCUUUAAAUGAACCAUUAACAUGUAAUGUAUCUAAUGUGCCAUCUAAUGUACCAACAUUUAAAAUGAUUGAAAAUGAUUCACAUACAUCAACUUUUUAUCAAGAUAAUAUAGAUGCAGAUUUAUUAAAUGAAAUAACUGAUUCUGAUCAAACAAAUCCUAGUUCAAGUAGUGAAGAAGAAAAUAAUGAAAUUUUAUCUUUAUUUGAGGAACAAGAGUUUUUGAGUAAUGAUGAUGAAAUUGAAGAUAAUAAUAAAGAUAAUGAAAAAAUAGACUUUAAAACAUUUCUGGCUAGUUGGGCAGUUGAAGAAAAUAUUUCACAAGUAUCUUUACGUACUCUUAUAAAAGCAUCUCAAGCGUUAUCGAGUCAAGGGGUGCGACAGCACUCUAUUGAACGAGCUCUUGAUAACUUUAAGAAGCUCGGUCGAAACAAUUUGACGGCGGCGAAAAUUCGGUCGCGCGCCACGUCUCUCAAGGAAAUCUGGCGUUCAUACCAGGAAGGUCACUCCACGUUAAUGCAGAUAGUUCCUGUCGCCUCCCAGUCUACAAUAGAGUAUUUCAGCAAGGCUCAAUACGACCAGACCGAAGAAGUGUACAACACGACGUUGGAUUAUAUGAUGGACUGUCUGGAGGAUAUCGAGCCAGUAGUGAGUCACCACAAUCAGUCUCUCGAGACUGGACCUGCCGUUCAUGACGCGACUUCGCUCUCAUUAGUGCAUUUGCCGCCUAUAAAUCUGCCGCCGUUCGACGGGAACUAUGCGGAUUGGGAAACAUUCCGCGAUCGCUUUACUUCCUUAAUCAUUAAUAAUAAAGACUUGAAUGAUUUCGGACGCAUGCAUUUUCUCGUGUCGUCGUUAAAAGGCCGUGCUAAAGAACGUCUCGCGACUCUCGCGGUUACCGCUAACAACUUUAAGCUUGCGUGGCAAACAUUAACCGCACGGUACGAGAGUAAACGACGAUUACUCUCGUUUCAUUUAUCCGCGCUGCUCGAUUUGCCCAAUGUGAGUCGGGAAUCCGCCAGCGAAUUACAACUUUUAUGCGACAAAAUUAAUAUAGCGAUUACCUCACUGCAGAAACUCGAUCGCACUCCGAGUGAUCUUUGGGACGACUUCCUCGUAUUUCUGACGUCACAAAAGUUAGAUUCGGCCACUCGUAAAGCGUGGACACUUCAUACCACUCACGCCGACGCGCCGUCGACGUACGAAGCAUUAAGUCGUUUUGUCGCCUCUCGCAUCAGCGCACUGGAAGAAUGCUCUCCUGAUAGCAACUCAAAAUCCGCCUCUAAGUCUGCGGCUUCGUCGCGCGUCCACCUUGCUACGUCCGAUAACGCAGCGCUAACUUGUCCGCUGUGCAAGUCCCGUCACUUUAUUAAUUUAUGUCCGCAAUUCAUCGCGAAAAAUGCGAAUCAACGGCGGGAACUCGUCAAGCGAUUCAAGCGCUGCGUCAACUGCCUUAGCAGUCGUCACUCCGCGUCCGAUUGUACAAGUAAAUAUACCUGUCGUCUGUGCUCUAAGAAACAUCAUACGAUGUUGCACAUCGAUGCGGAAGCGAAUUCUGAUGCGGCGACGAGCACCUCACAACAUGCGAAGGUGUCGUCCGACGCGGCGCCCGCAGUCGAAGUGAAUUCAUUGCUCUCCUCAGCGCAACCGCGCACUAAUGUUCAAAUACUUUUAGCGACCGCAUGGGUCACUGUCAGGGUCGCUUCCGAUCGAUCUGUAUCCGUCAGAGCUUUGCUCGAUCAGGGCUCUGAAGCCACGUUCAUCAGCGGGAACGUGGCUCAAUUGCUGCGCGCGAAACGCAUCCGAAUGCCGGUUUCCAUCUCUGCCGUCGGCGGGACUCAUGUCGGCACGGUGCAACACGCCGCCGCGAUCAUUAUAUCUCCUCGUGCGUCGACUACGCCGGCUUUCGAAACGACGGCGCUUGUCCUCAACUCGCUUACGUCGUACGCUCCGAAAUUCGUCUCGGACUUGUCCGGCUUUCCGCAUCUCGCCGGCUUGUCAUGGGCGGAUGCUAAACCGACUAGCUCCGACCCGAUUCAACUCAUUAUCGGCGCCGAUCUUUACAGCGACGUAAUCUUGGAGGGCGUUCGAAAGGGGCAAAGCGGACAGCCCGUCGCUCAAAAUUCCGUAUUCGGCUGGAUUAUCUCCGGUCCUCUCGCGCCGACGAUCGACUCGUCGCGAGCUUCCGUCGUUCACUCGCCGCCUCAUCAAUACUCCGCUCACCUCACAGUACACAACUGCUUGCUCGGUCAGUCUCUCGCCGAGGAAAUCCGGAAGUUCUGGGAAAUCGAGGAGCUCCCUCAGUCUCAGACUCUAACGCCGCAAGAUGAGUCAUGCGAGAUUCUCGGGAGCACUCAUUCGCGUCGGGAGGACGGCCGAUAUAUCGUGCGAUUACCCUUUAAAAGGGGCCCGCCAAUCGACAUCGGUCGCUCGCGGGCUGUUGCCGAACGAUUAUAUCAUUCGCUAUUACGCCGUUUCCGCCUGCAUCCGGAGUUGGAACAAGAAUACGACCAAUUUAUGCGUGAAUAUGAACAGCUCGGGCACAUGCACGGGGCAUCGCUCUCGCAAGACGCCUCUCAUCAAUCUGUUCAUAUUCCGCAUCACCCGGUGUUCCGCGAAGGAAGUGCGACGACGCACUUACGCGUCGUGUUCAACGCGUCGAGCGUCACGUCAAACGGGUUAUCGUUGAACGAUUGCUUGUACGCGGGUCCGAAAUUGCAGACGGAUUUGCCCGCGAUUAUUCUGCAAUGGCGCCAUUUCAAGCUCGUUUACAUGGCUGAUAUCGCGAAAAUGUAUCGCCAAAUUUUGGUCGAUCGGCGAGAUAUAGACUACCAGCGUAUUGUCUGGAGGGGUGCUAACGAUCAGCCUAGCGAUUAUCAGUUGCUCACCGUCACCUACGGUAUGACAUGUGCGCCGUUCCUAGCACUUCGCGUCCUCCGCAGUCUUAUCGACGACGACGGGCACCGUUUUCCGUUGGCCAUCCCCAUUCUGCGCAAUCAAAUUUACGUCGACGACGUUCUAUUCGGGGGUGAUGACCAAUCCGGCGUCCGAGAAUCUCGCGACCAACUCGUCGACUUACUACGCUGCGGUGGAUUCGAGUUGCGAAAAUGGGCGAGCAACUCGCCGGCAUUGCUCAGCGACGUCGAUCCGUCGGAUCACGGACUCGCUUGCGACCGACACAUUGCGACCGAUGAGAGAGUAAAGGUUCUAGGCAUUGUAUGGAAUCCGGCGCGUGAUGUCUUUCAAGUUAGAGUCUCUCUCUCCGAAUCAGUUCCUCGGUGCAAACGAGCAAUUUUGUCAACAAUCGCAAAGCUAUACGAUCCCCUGGGGUGGGUGACUCCCGUCACCGUCUCAGCUAAGAUAUGUAUGCAGCAACUUUGGCGUCUUAAUGCGACCUGGGACGAAGACAUUCCUGAGACUCUUUUCCGUCAAUGGCAUUCCAUCUAUUCUCGGUUUUCCUCACUAAACGAUCUCAAUAUCGCGCGGUGGACAGGAGUCCAAUCAAACGUCUCGCAUAUCGAGCUUCACGGCUUCGCCGAUGCCUCCACCCUCGCCUACGCGGCAGCCGUCUAUCUGAAGGUUGUCUCCGCCUCAGGUGCAGUGACGCUCUCGUUGCUCGCCGGUAAGUCAAAGGUUGCUCCCAUUGCGCCUCUCACCGUCCCUCGCCUGGAACUGUCCGCGGCUCUCUUGCUCGUCCGUCUCGUAAACUUUGUAUCUGGUUCGCUCUCGAUUAAAUCUGUUCCGUGUUUCUGUUGGACGGAUUCAACCAUCGUGCUUACGUGGUUGCGCGCUCAUCCAUCACGAUGGAAAACAUUCGUCGCCAACCGCGUCAGCGCGAUUCAAACCCAGUUGCCGGACGCUGAGUGGCGUCACGUGCCGACCUCUGAUAAUCCCGCGGAUUGCGCAUCACGAGGCUUGUUCGGUGACGAAUUAAUUCAUCAUGCUCUGUGGUGGCGGGGACCACCUUGGUUGCAAGCCUCACGGGAGGAUUGGCCUCGCGAGCCCGCCUCGCCGGUUGUGGAUGCUCGCGCCGAGGAGAAACUCGUAUCGUUAAAUGUAACUUCCCCGCCCGCCCGGUGGGAUCUUGCGACUCGGUAUUCUUCGUGGCUCAAACUUAUUCGUAUCACGGCGUAUCUUUUCAAGUUUAUUAACGCCUGUCGACGCCGUAGCGUCGAUUCCUCUUCUCUCAUUUCCUCACUUCACACCCCUUCACUCCUCGAAUGUAAGUCAGCCAAAACAUUUUGGCUCAAAAGCAUCCAAUCGGAGCUUUUUUCGGUUGAGAUUCGCGCUCUAACCGCCGGUAAAACCGUCCCUACGAGGAGCUCGUUGGCCGCUUUGACGCCUUUUCUCGAUUGCGACGGGAUAUUACGCGUGGGAGGUCGUCUCCGUCACGCUCCUCUCCCAUAUAAAACACGCCACCCCGUUUUGCUGGCGUCGCAUCCUCUCGUGAACCUCAUUGCAUUGCAAGCUCACUUGCGAGUUCUGCACGGGGGGCUGCAGCUCACCCUUAACACGCUCCGUCACGAGUAUUGGAUUGUUCGCGCUCGAAGUUUGGUCAAGGCGGUCAUCCACAACUGUACCGUUUGUUGUCGAGAGCGAGCCGCGAUUCCGGUUCAGCUAAUGGGGGAUCUCCCCAAAGCGCGCGUUUCAACUCCGUCUCGGCCGUUUUCUCACUGUGGUGUCGAUUACGCCGGGCCCGUACAGACACGCGCGUCCGCCGGGCGCGGUAUAACGUCGAGGAAGGCAUAUAUCGCUGUAUUCAUAUGCUUGGCCACACGCGCCAUUCAUUUGGAGUUAGUCGGGGAUUACUCGACUCCGUCGUUUCUUAAUGCGUAUCUUCGUUUUUGUUCGCGACGAGGCCUCCCGUCGGCAAUGUACUCGGACAACGGCACGACGUUCGUUGGCGCCGACAGGGAGCUGCAUUCCGCUUAUCAGCAUGCCCUGCGCGAUCCUGACUUCCAAAGUAAAACUGCAUGCGAUAACGUCUCGUGGCAUUUCAUCCCCCCGUCUGCCCCGCAUUUCGGUGGAUUGUGGGAGGCGGGUGUCCGCAGCAUGAAGCAUCAUCUGCAUCGAAUUUUAGAUCGUACCACGCUCUCGUUUGAAGAGUUCACUACGCUUUUGUGCAGGAUCGAGGCAUGCUUAAACUCACGUCCGAUCGCGCCGUUGUCCGAUUCAUUCGACGACUAUGAGAGCCUUACUCCGGGACAUUUCCUGAUAGGCUCCGCUCUCAAUGUUCCGCCUGAACCUUCGCUGCUGCAACUUAACGAAAAUCGGUUAUCGCGGUGGCAACUUAUUCGUCACCUCUCUGAACGAUUUUGGAAGCUAUGGGCGACCGAUUACGUCAACACGUUGCAGCAGCGAAGCAAGUGGCGAAAGAUUCACCCGAAUCUAAAAAUCGGGAAAAUAGUUCUAUUGCGCGAUGCGACGCUACCUCCGUGCAAGUGGAAGCUCGGGCGAGUCACGCAGCUUCACCCCGGUGCCGAUAACAUAACACGCGUCGUCACCGUGAAAACCGCAACAUCCGAGUUUAAGCGCCCAAUCGGGCAACUAUGCCUCCUCCCCGUCGAGGACGUAACGUCGAGCGACUAA